CACGAGCGAACUCAAAGAAAACACUGAAUUAAACGGCAUCCUGGUCGAAACCUUCAAAAUAAGACCACCGCUGACGUCACGUUACGUCAUUUCCACACCGGAACAAGUCUGCCUUGGCUUCAAGGUGGCUCGGGGAUGUGGACCGGGUCGCUCUGCCGCACGCUCUGGAGCGCGGCUCGCUCCGCGCGGACGCUGUCGGAGUUGGGAAGCCGCUGUUUGACGCCAGGACCGCGGAGCCAGCGAACCUGCACCGUGGAUCCGAACCUCGAGGAGCGCUUCGUGUUUGCCGAUCUGACAGAUCUAAAGUAUGACCCGGCUGAAGACCCGCCGCCCCCAGGACCCCUCCCCUCUGCGCCUCCGGCCGCCCCACUUCAGCGGAUCCGCUCUCUGCAGCGCCAGAUCAAGGUGCUGCAGGCUGCGUCCCAGCUCGAGCUGCAGCCCGACUCCUCCAUCCAGUUCCAGGAUGCAAACUUCCCACUGGAUCCGGAGCUCGUGGCUUCCAAGAGGAAGAAGAAGAGGAAGUCACAAAGAGGGGAGCAUAAAAUCUUCGGCACUCCGGAUGCGGAUGAACCUCUGAGCAACACGUGCUGUUCAGGCUGUGGUGCCCUUCUGCACUGCACCUCACCCGAGGUCCCAGGGUACCUGCCCAGCCAGAAGUACAAGUCCCUGGUGCAGGAGGAGCGCCUGGAUGGUGCCACCUGCCAGCGCUGCUUCCUGCUGACUCACCACCAGAGGGCACUGAGCCUGCAGAUGUCUCCAGAGGAGUACCGCGAUGUUGUGCGGCAGAUCCGGAACAAGAAGGCCUUGGUGCUGCUCAUUGUGGACCUCCUGGAUCUGCCGGCCUCCAUUGUCCCAGAUCUCCCCGAGCUGGUGGGGAGCAACAAAAAGAUUGUUGUCAUCGGAAACAAGAUCGACGUCCUCCCUGGCGACGCCCCCAACUACCUCCAGCGAAUCAAGCGACAGCUCACCCAGUACUGCCAGGAUGCCGGGUUUGGGGCCCAGCUGACCGAUGUGCACCUGGUUAGUGCCAAGACAGGCUUCGGCAUCGAAGGUCUGAUCUCCAGUCUGCAGGCGAGCUGGAGGUACAAGGGCGACGUUUAUCUGGUGGGGGGAGCCAACGCCGGCAAGUCCACGCUCUUCAACACUCUGUUGGAGUCGGACUACUGCAAGUCUAGAGCCAGUGACGUCAUCAGCAAGGCCACUAUCUCGCCCUGGCCCGGGACGACGCUCAACCUGCUCAGGUUUCCGAUCAUCAACCCGACACCUUACCGCAUGUUCCGCCGCAGAGAGCGCCUCCGAUCGAAGGAGGAGCUCGUGGAAAGUGAGCCGAGCAAGCCAUCGCGCCAUGGCUACCUUUCUGGUCAUGUGGGGAGAACAUUCCGGACUGGUGUCUCCAGGCAUCAGGACGAGAUCGACUUUGAUCCGGACUCUUUAGCGUUUGGUGAGCAGGAGGACGAGCGGGUGAAUGCAUCAGCUGCCAGCAGGUCAGUGGAACAGUUGACCUUGAACGAGUUGAAAGAUGCCCACUGGCUGUACGACACUCCCGGGAUUCUGAAGCACAGCGAUAUCCUCGCUGUCCUGACUGACCAGGAAGUGAAGCUACUGGUUCCGACCAAAGCCAUCGUCCCCAGGACCUUUGUGUUGAAGACCGGCAUGAGCUUGUUUGUGGGUGGAGUUGCUAGAAUCGACUUCCUCCAGGGCGAGAAGUCCUGCUGGCUCUCGGUUCUGGCGUCCGCACAGGUACCAGUUCAUGUGACCAGUCUGGAAAAAGCAGACGCGGUUUACCAAAAGCACGCCGGGCGGCGACUGCUGGGGGUUCCUAUUGGUGAUGCGCAAAGAAUCGAGUCCUUCCCACGCUUGGUUCCCCAGGAGCUCCAGCUGGAGGGACGAGGCCCCCUGGAGGCUGCUGGCGACAUCACACUGUCAUCUGCAGGUUGGGUGGCGGUGACGGCGGCGGUGGGUGAGCUGCCCCUGCUGCGGCUCCACAGCCCAGAGGGCGUCCACAUGGGGCUGAGGACGCCGUCGCUGCUCCCGCACAUCGUCUCCCUGAGGGGCGAACGACUGCGAAAGUCACCUGCGUACAAAACUGCCAGACCAACAGCUCUGAAAUGACUAUGACCUCACUUCCUGUUGGACUGAUCACCAAAGUGCUGUUCACGCUGAAUGUUUACCUCAAUAAAAUACUCCAGCCAAGAGUGGUGGAGUCCACGAGGCUGAGCCAGGUUUCAUUCAAUGAGACAAGAAGCAAGAGUAGAUUUGCUGACCAAAAACAAAGGGGUUC